UAAAUUCAUCUUAGUUUCUUAAAAUUUUAAAAACAAAUUGAUUUCGCUAAACUAAUUUAAUUUCAUGUUAACUAAUCAUAACCUGGAAUGAAGUUGAUUAAUUUGAUCAGGUCAAUGAAACUCGCCUUUUCUCAAAUUGGUAACAAUUUUAAAGAUAAGUUUCAACGAAACACUCACUAAUUGUAUAGUUAUUAUUGAUACAAUUUAAGAGAAUUCAAAAUUUUCCAUUUCAAGACUUGUUUGAGUUCCAGUCUACUCUUUCACCUAACCUGCUUAAAGUAAAUCUCUGCCAAUAAUAAGUUAUAUCAGUUCAUAGAUCUGGUAGUUGUUAAUCCAGUUAAGAUAAUGGUUAAUUCCAAUCAGCCAGACAUUCAGAUUAUAGUAGAUUUUCGUUCGAAAGUCUAAUCAAUCAAGCUUAUUGAUUAACCAAAUUGAAACGCUUUAAAAGCAUUUGUUUACACUUUUUGAAAGAGUAAAAGUUAAUUCCAAGAAGUUUUGUGAUUUACCUGAUUAACUGGUAGUUUACAUUUGCUACUGUUUGAAUAUUUAAUAUUUUGUUAAUGACAGCCAAUUGUUAACCUGAACUGUUGACCUAAUAAGUGGAUAUUUUUUUGGUAAAAUGUGAGUUAACCAGAAAGCGGUUUUGCAUUAAAGUUACUAGGGAAACGGUAAAAUGUAAACAAAAGGUUGAAUGCAAAAUGUCUGAUUAUAAUUUAAGUCGUCUUGGUUUGUAUUUUGAUAAAGACAGUAUUCACAUUUUUGAUCCUAGUUCUAAUCAAACAACAACUGAAUUGAUUACAGAAUGUUCUGAAUUCAUACAAAGUACAAAGGAGUUUAAAGAUAUUGUUGAUGAUUUCAUUUUGAUUGUGGCUAAUCUCAAGGAAAAGGUUGAAAAGGAAAAGAUCAAGGCUUUGGGUUCUCGAAACGCAUUGGAAUCUAUUGGCAUUCAAAAAGAGUUGCACAGACAACAAUUGGUUGUUUUAAUCAACGAGAAACGCCAAGAAUUGGAAAGACUAAAUAGUUUGGAGCAAUCAUUGAUUAGAGAUGAGGCUGAGCAAAAAGAUCUGAUUGAACGAUUGACUAACCAGAGAUGAUAAAUUCAAGCAAGUUUAUCAAAGGGAAACAUUGACGCCAUCGAAUUAAGACAGCGUCUUUUGUUAGUAAACAAUGAGUUAGUCAUUUGUUCACUGUUUGUACCAUUCAUUGUCUUCUUAUUGACAAUGAAUGAAUAAUAUAAGCAUGUUAAAUUAGAAUUGGACGAAAUUUCAAAUUAAAUAUAAAAAACAAUCAA